CGCUUAGCAAAUUAGUCAUGGCUCACAAGAUUUUCUUCAUUUCUUCUCUAUUUGUCCUGGCAAUAUUCACCCAAAAAAUCCAUGCAGUUGAUUACUCUGUGACCAACACGGCCGCAAACACCGCCGGCGGUGCCCGUUUCAACCGAGAUAUCGGUGCUCAAUAUAGUCAGCAAACACUGGCAGCUGCUACUUCGUUCAUAUGGAAUACCUUCCAACAGAAUUCUCCGGCUGACCGCAAAAAUGUGCAAAAGGUAAGCAUGUUUGUUGACGACAUGGGCGGAGUAGCUUACGCUAGCAACAAUGAGAUUCAUGUUAGUGCCAGGUACAUCCAGAGUUACUCUGGUGACGUGAGGAGAGAGAUUACUGGAGUAUUGUACCACGAGAGCACCCAUGUUUGGCAGUGGAAUGGGAAUGGUGGGGCUCCUGGAGGAUUAAUUGAAGGGAUUGCUGAUUAUGUGAGGCUCAAAGCCGAUCUCGCACCUAGCCACUGGGUGAAACCAGGUCAGGGCGACCGAUGGGACCAGGGCUACGACGUGACCGCUCGAUUUCUUGAUUAUUGCAACAGCUUGAGAAAUGGGUUCGUGGCACAACUUAACCAAAAGAUGAGAAAUGGCUACAGUAAUCAGUUCUUCGUUGACUUGUUGGGGAAGACGGUUGAUCAACUUUGGAGCGAUUACAAAGCUAAAUUUCGCGCAUAGCCUAACUAGAUAAAAAAAUAAGAAACAUCAUCUAAUGCCAUUGUACCAAUAAAAGGCUAUUUGUGUCAUGGUCUUGUUGAAGAAUCUAUAUAUUAUUAAAAGGAGAGGAAAAAACCCUCUCCUUUAGUUAAGUGGAAAUCUAAAAAAUGUCACAUGACAUAAGUAAUUAAUAAUUAAUUAUUGA